CGAUAGGUCGGCAACUAAGAAAAGCAGCAUUGCGUGAGGCCCACGAGACUGGGCCCAAUAACGACCCCAUUACCCACGGCAAGGCCGCUCUGUUCUUCUUCUUCCGAUCCAAGCAUUGAUCUGCUGCUGUUUGUUUACGUUGUCUGAAACCCUAAAACUCACCGACCUAUAACAAUCCGGAAAAUCAUUAUCAAAAGCUCUCGAGCAUGAACAAGGACGUUGCCUAAGGCUAGAGUCCAUGAGGAAAAGAUGCUGGUUACUGCAACCUCACACCUCCUCCUACAUCAACGCACUUUAGCUCCAACCAGUCUUCCUCAGAUUCGAUCACCAUGUCAAGAUUUUUGACGUUCAGAGGUUUUAGGAAAGUUGCGAAUUCCGUUGUUACAAGCCAGAAACACAGCUGUCCAGAAGCGGACAAGUAUGGGACAUUUGUUAGAGUUGGCCUCCGUCUUCCCCAAUACAGAUUCUACAGGGACUAUACGUUUCCUGCUAGAGGAAAUACCCCAUUCUCAUUGUACAAUACCGCCAACAUUUUUUGCCGUAGUAAUUAUUCCAGGAGUUUUGCGAUCAUUCCAGCAAGAAGUGCAGUGAAACAUCAUGCCCAACUUGCUUGGAAAAGGCUCUCCGAUAGAUUUUCUUUUAAUGGUCGUGGAUUUUCAGGUAUAACUAAUAUUGCUCAAGCUUUCAGCUUGGCUGUAACCCGCUCUAAUCUCAUACUUCCUGGUAUUUUUGCCAUCACAAGUGGGAAACUAGCAUGGGCGCAGAGGUCUUUUUCAGAAACGGACUACCACCCAUCACCAAAUACAUUGUACAUGCGUGCACAAGAUGGACAUGCUUUUAUGACCUCAUUAGUGUUUUCAGUUUUCGAAGGUGCAAUCUUGGUCAUGAGAGCACUCUAUCUAGGGAUUUUGUUCUCCCCCAGUAUAAUGAUGGCUGCUUUUGCUGACUGUUGUGGACCUGAGUUUAGGAGAUUGUGGCUUCAUGUUGUUCACCGUACAUUGGAAUUGGCAGGUCCAGCUUUCAUCAAAUGGGGUCAAUGGGCAGCUACACGGCCUGAUCUCUUCCCGAGAGAUUUAUGCACCAAGCUCUCAGAGCUUCACACCAAAGCUCCUGAACAUAGCUUUGCCUACACGAAGAAAACUAUCGAACGAGCGUUUGGCCGCAAGCUCCCUGAGAUUUUUGAUAAUUUUGAAGAGAAACCAGUAGCAUCUGGAAGUAUUGCUCAAGUGCAUCGAGCUACUUUAAGAUUUAGGUACCCUGGUCAACAGGUGAAGCCCAUAGUAGUUGCCGUAAAGGUUAGGCAUCCUGGUGUUGGUGAAUCGAUUAGGAGAGAUUUUGUUAUAAUCAAUCUGGUAGCAAAAAUUUCAAAGUUCAUUCCUGCUUUAAAGUGGUGGAGAUUGGAUGAGAGUGUACAGCAGUUUGCAGUUUUUAUGAUGUCUCAAGUUGAUCUUGCAAGGGAAGCUGCCCAUUUGAGUCGCUUUAUAUAUAAUUUCCGUAGAUGGAAGGAUGUCUCUUUCCCCAAGCCUUUGUAUCCACUUGUGCAUCCUGCUGUUUUGGUGGAAACUUAUGAACAAGGGGAAUGUGUCUCACACUAUGUCGAUGAUCUUGAAGGCCAUGAUCGGAUUAAAUCUGCACUUGCUCACAUUGGGACACACGCACUUUUGAAGAUGCUCCUGGUGGACAACUUUAUUCAUGCAGACAUGCAUCCUGGAAAUAUCCUUGUCCGGGUGGCUCAGAGCAAGUCUUCUCGGAAGCGACUCUUCAAAUCAAAGCCUCAUGUCAUUUUCCUUGACGUAGGCAUGACUGCUGAACUCUCUAAAAGUGAUAGAGUAAAUUUAGUGGAAUUUUUCAAGGCUGUUGCUCUUCGUGAUGGGCGUACUGCUGCUGAGUGCACGCUCAGACUAUCAAAGCAACAGAAGUGCCCAGAUCCGAAGGCUUUCAUUGAGGAAGUGGAGGAGUCAUUUGCUUUCUGGGGUACUCCAGAAGGUGAUCUGGUCCAUCCUGCUGAGUGCAUGCAGCAGUUACUGGAGAAAGUUAGGCGUCAUAGAGUCAAUGUUGAUGGCAAUGUCUGUACUGUCAUGGUAACCACUUUGGUUCUUGAGGGAUGGCAGCGGAAACUUGAUCCCGGGUACAAUGUCAUGCAAACUUUGCAAACACUGCUUCUCAAAGCUGACUGGGCAAAGUCCCUUUCCUACACGAUUGAGGGGCUAAUGGCUCCGUAAGAAGGUCUUGUCAGUGCUAAUGCUACGAUUACUAAACAAUUUUGACAGUUAUAAAAUCCAAAAUAUACCAGUCCCUAGAAGUGGACAUGAACA